CGUGCAUUUUUUAUUUUCCUGUGUUUGCAAGAAUGGAAGAGCAGAGGUGCUAGCAUCGUACGCUUCGCCGUGAAAAAGAAUCGGUGAGACUGGAAACCUUUUAGGUUGCCAGAAAAAAGGAUUUUUAUGGGACUCGCUUCUCCACAAGAUCAAAAGGUAUGGCCAGUGAAUCUACGCACAAGGAGGUUUUCUUCGGGGGACUUGUUAAGGCCUUCAAAGAACAAUGGCAGGUCGAUAUCCGACUCAAGCCAGGAGACGACGACAAUGCCAUCCCUGCCCACAAAGUCAUUUUGGCUGCGAGAUCGAAGGUGUUCAGAGACAUGUUAGAAUCAGACGAAUGCAAAGCUUCACAAGACGAAACAAUCACCCUGUCUGAGCUGAAACACGAAGAACUAAAGACUUUCCUCGAGUUCUUGUACAAUGGGUCGUUGUCCUUCACAGAACUCAAGCAGCAUGUCCGCCCUCUCUACCUCGCAGCAGAUAAAUACGAGAUCCCUUACCUUCAAGAUCUCUGUAGAAACCAUCUUAUUUCCAACCUUAACUCCUCAAACGCUCUCGAUGUUCUGGAGCUCUCGGAUAUUCCUUCAGAUAAGCCCCUUAACGAGGCUGUCUCGAGGUAUAUUAUAGAACAUAUGGACGAGAUAGCGUUUUCGCAAAAUUUUAAGCCGUUUGUGGAGAAGAACCCUAGCCUUGCGGUGGAGAUCAUGCAGGCUUUUCUGAACAAAACAAAGGACUCAAGAUUACGACGUUAUUAUUAUUGAUGAUAUCUUCUGCCCUUUCAGACAUGAUAGAACAGAACAGAGCCUUGGUGUUGAAAUUUUAGGUUCUUGUCUCUUGGGAUGUUAUUGUUGGGGAGGAUGUGUUUUUUUACCAGGCAGAAACGAAUAUUUCUCAUA